GGGGAGUCGGCCCAGGCUGGAAGGCCACGCCUCCUCGCGCGCACCCCCUCAGCCGAGCCGCUGGGGGCAGAGCUCAGACUGUUUUCUGAAGAGUGAUGUCUAUUUCCUUGAGCUUUUUAAUUUUCUUGCCAAUUUGGAUAAACGUGGCAGAAAUCCAGCAGGGAGGUCCAGAUGAAAAAGAAAGGACUACAGCAUUGAAAGAUUUGCUGUCUAGGAUCGAUUUGGAUGAACUCAUGAAAAAGGACGAACCACCUCUUGAUUUUCCUGAUACACUGGAAGGAUUUGAAUAUGCCUUUAAUGAAAAGGGGCAGUUAAGACACAUAAAAACUGGGGAACCAUUUGUUUUUAACUACCGAGAAGACUUACACAGAUGGAACCAGAAAAGAUACGAAGCUCUGGGUGAGAUCAUCACAAAAUAUGUCUAUGAGCUCCUGGAAAAGGACUGCAAUUUGCAAAAAAUCUCUAUUCCAGUAGAUGCCACUGACAGUGAACCAAAGAGUUUUAUCUUUAUGAGUGAGGAUGCUUUGACAAAUCCACAGAAACUGAUGGUUUUAAUUCAUGGUAGUGGUGUUGUCAGGGCAGGUCAGUGGGCUAGAAGGCUUAUUAUUAAUGAAGAUCUGGACAGUGGCACACAGAUACCUUUUAUUAAGAGAGCUGUGGAUGUAAGUGAAACUUCCUUUGUUUGGGGGGUAUUUUAUAGUUCUGUUUAUUGUAUAUUAUAAUUUUAUUAUGUCUUUUGCAUAAGUAUAUUCAACGCAUAAUCUUAUUACUAAGUCAUUAUUUACCUUACUUAUAUGAUGCUUAUUAUUUUGUAGUAAUGUGGGAAAAUAUACGAGUAUUAAGAACAAGAAGGUUUAAAUGUCUUUAAAAUGAAUACUUUCUCUGUUUUCUUUGUUUAACUAUAUGAACUAUGAGUUUAACUAUUAUAUAUAGUCAUCAACAAUGAAAAUACUUCUGACAGAAAAACAAAGCAUGUCUGUAGUUGGAAAGCUUUGCUUAGGGUAAAAAUUAAACUAAUAAGGGUAGAAAUUAAAGGAAACUUGAUGAUCACGGAGAAUCUGGUGAGGAAAAGUAGAAUAAGUAAAUGUUUUUGGCAUUUAAAAAGUAUUUUGAUGCCCACAAAUAAAAUGUUUUAAGGUUAAACAAACAUAUAAAAUGUCAGAAUUUCAUAUUUCAUAAGUCAUUUUCUAGUCCAGAGUUGUUCUAAUGUUCAGCUAUUGUUUGAAUGUCUCCUUAAGUUACACAGUGAGCAGCCAGUUAUCACAAAGGAUGAGUUUCUUUUACAUGUAACAAGAAAUAGCCCUCAGAAAAAGUGUCAUAUUGUAUAAAACAUUUAAAGGAGAAAAGGUAUGUAGAAAUAGUAUGUGCGUCCAUGUUUCCAUUUUAUUUCUAAAACUGACAAUACAUUUUAUAAUUAAAAUUGGAAAUACAUCUUGGAUACGCAACUACAAAAUCAAACAAUAAAUAUUUAAAUGUGUUCAGUUUUCUGUUGCUCUCAAUAUCAUAGUAAUAGUUAAGCCAAAUCCUAGAGAAUAUUUUUGUUAUAGAUUUUACAAGUCCUCAAAAUGCCGCAUAUUGAGUUUUUUAAUUGUUUAUCCACUUGUCACAAAUGUGCAAAGCAAAGAAACAUGUAACUUUUAUUUUGUUGCUAACUUUAAUUGUGGUUUUAGAAAAAUUGAAGUAACUGCUUAUUCAGUUAAGAAAUCAGGGCAACUAAAUAUUCAUUUAAUAAAUUGAAGUGUAUACUAAAAUAACACAGGAAUUAGUGUUUUUUACUGUCUCUCAUUUUACGUUAAAGGUGGUGAACUCUCUGUCCAGGGCUCUCACUUGUGGUUAUAACACAGUGAGUGUCUGUAUGUUUUAGAGAGAACAUUAUUUCCAAACUGUGUGUACAAUCCAAUAAGUAUUUGAAAAUAGUAGUAAAGGAAUCAGGAGCUCUCAGCAGUGAGUCCUUGGUGAAAUGUUUCGUGUGAUUUUCUCACCCUGCUCUAGGUCACCUGCUUUGCCUGUUGUAGAGCAUUUGCUGAUAGGGUUUUCAGGUAAAAGCAAAUGGAGGAAACUGUCUGAUGUCUCGAGCCAGGUGGUGGUGAUGCAUACCUUUAAUUCCAGCUCUUGGGAGGUAGAGGCAGGUGGAUCUCUGUGAGUUAAAGGCCAGCCUGAUCUACAUACAGAGAGGGUUCCAGGACAGCCAAGGCUACACAAAGAAUCCCUAUCUUGAGUGGGGGGAAAUGUCUUUGUUUGAAUAGGCCAUUGAUGUGUGCAGUCUUUGUGACUUUAAGUCAAAAAGUAUAGUUUAAGUAUAUUGUUUAAGUAUAACAAUAUACUUCUGCUUUGAUUUCUCAACCAUAGUAAGUCAUGGUUCUUUGAAAAGAAAAAACAGAUUCUAAAUAUAUGGCACGUCUAAGCUCUAGUUUUAGCUGGUUACAUUCUCUUUAUUUUUAAAUAUGAAAUUUAUUGUGUGAAUUUUAUCAUGAAUUUCUAAAAAUAUAUAUCAUCUUCAAAUCCAGAUAGUUACUUUUGCUGCUCUUUGUCUUCGCUUGUUCUGACUGCUUUGGGGACAGGGAGGAUGUGUGGCAUUUUUAGGGAAGCAGGUAGAGGAAGACCUGUGAGGAGGAAGGUGCGGCCCCAUUCUUAGCUGUUCAACAUGGUAGCUCUGUUUUUAUUUCAUUAUGUACUGAAAUUUCAUGUCAAGAAAGGUUUUUAUAGUAUAGAAAAGGUGAACUGUAGUUAUUUGUUUUUUCCUGUCCUUUUUCAUACAGUUAUGAAAGUCAAUUUUAAUAUUUUAUAGGAAAAACAUUAUCAUCUCUAUGCAAUGUGUAUUCUUACUAGGUUAUUUAUAUAUGUUUGGAAUUUCUAGGGCCACGUUCUAAAACUGACAAUACAUUUUGUAAUUAAAAUUGGAAAUACAUUUUGGAUACACAACUACAAAAUCAAACAAUAAAUAUUUGAAUGUGUUCAGUUUUCUGUUGCUCUAAUCCUCUCCAGCAGGGAAGCCAUAUCUAAGCAUUUUAUGAAA